AUGAAGAGGCAAAGACGCGUGGAUGUUGGUGGUGCCACCAUGGAUCAAGGAUCAAGGUUUGAGGGUACAGCAGCAGCAAAAACAACAACAACAAUGACAAUGGCAAGCAAAAAGGCUAGGAAAACGAUUGACAAGGCUGCAGGGAAAGAAGAUGUGAGGAUCGACGGUGGAGAUCAUCAGUUGGGUUUGGUGGCUGCUGAGAAUUUGAUGGCUGCGGAGGAGAAUUACUGGGGUUGUUUGAGUGGUGCUGUGGUGGAUGAGCAAAUGUCAUGGGGUUCAAUUUGGAUGCCAUUUUGGGAUGUGGAGUUCAUGGGCGAAGCUCAUUAUGGCUUGUUCAGUGAUGUGAUUUGGGAUGAUGACAUUUGGGGGUUAAGAACAACCAAAGAGGAACCGAAUUCGUGA